UAGGAGGAGCAGCGAGUGGGGGCGGAGAUGAGGAAGUGGGUGCUAGGCGCGGGCUGUGCGCGCCGCUGGCUCCAUCCCUGCCCCGGGCGCAGCAGGCGCGGGCGCCGGCCACUGCCGGAGCGCAGCAGCGGCAGCAGCAGCAGCACCAGCUCCUGAUUUCCAGGGACCCCAGAGCAGAAGACCUUAUCGUGUAGAUGAGAACAGUAGCCAACAAUGGAGGAUAAGGCUGCGUCUAUGCAUGAACCCUCCCACAUAAACACAAAGUCACCUCCAAGCACAUGCCCCAGGGCCUCAGUCUCUAUGCAAAACCUAGAGAGUGAAGAUCUACCCCAGGCCCAGGAGGAAGCUGGCUCCUCAGGGGACCCUCUGAGGACUGGCAUUUGAGCCACCAAUGAGGUCUCAAGGUCACGCCUUUAUCUCUUCGGUCUUACUCCUGCAUCACACCUUCCAGGGGACUGCUUGAUUUAUCUCUAGAAAAACAGCAUUGGAUAAGUCACUGAAGCCUCCACAAACUUAGACACUUUCUUUUGGAGCCUGGAGCCCAGUGGAUAGAGCAGAAGAGAAGCGGCCAAGGGCCAGGGCAGGAGCUGAAGGGUCCCAGGAUGGAGCUCAAUGGCACAGCCCCUUCCUUUUGCCUGGACUCUACUGUAUACAAGAUCACCAUCAGUGUGAUCCUCAUAAUCCUCAUCCUCAUCACGGUCGCCGGCAAUGUGGUUGUCUGUCUGGCUGUUGGCUUGAGCCGCCGGCUCCGCAGUCUGACCAACUGCUUCAUUGUGUCCUUGGCAGUCACAGACCUGCUCUUGGGCCUCCUGGUGCUGCCCUUCUCUGCCAUCUACCAGCUGUCCUGCACGUGGAGCUUCAGUAAGGUCUUCUGCAAUAUCUACACCAGCCUGGAUGUGAUGCUCUGCACGGCCUCCAUCCUCAAUCUCUUCAUGAUCAGCCUCGACCGCUACUGCGCCGUCACUGAUCCACUGCGGUACCCUGUGCUCAUCACCCCGCUCCGGGUUGCCAUCUCUCUAGUCUUCAUCUGGGUCAUUUCCAUCACCUUGUCCUUCCUGUCUAUUCACUUGGGUUGGAAUAGCAGGAAUGAGACCAGCAAGGACAAUGACACCAACCUCAAGUGCAAAGUCCAGGUCAACGAAGUGUAUGGGUUGGUGGACGGGCUAGUCACCUUCUACCUACCUCUGGUGAUAAUGUGCAUCACGUACUUCCGUAUCUUCAAGAUCGCUCGGGAGCAGGCCAAGAGAAUCAAUCACAUCAGCUCCUGGAAAGCAGCCACCAUCAGGGAGCACAAAGCCACGGUGACACUGGCUGCCGUAAUGGGGGCCUUCAUCAUCUGCUGGUUCCCUUACUUCACUGUUUUUGUUUACCGUGGGCUGAAAGGGGACAACGCUGUCAAUGAGGUGUUUGAAGCCAUUGUUCUGUGGCUGGGCUAUGCCAACUCAGCCUUGAACCCCAUCCUGUAUGCUGCCCUCAACAGAGACUUCCGCACCGCAUACCAUCGUCUCUUCUGCUGCAGGCUUGCCAGCCACAACUCCCAUGAGACUUCUCUGAGACUGAACAAUGCUCAGCUAAUCAGGAGCCAAAGCCAAGAACCCCGAUGGCAGGAGGAGAAACCCCUGAAUCUCCAGGUGUGGAGUGGGAUGGAAGUCACGGCUCCACAGGGAGCCGCAAACAGGAAGCUGUCUCUGUCCUGCACCACGUGCUCCAGCAACAUCCUGAGUUGCUGCAAGAACCUGUGGGGGCUUCAGUUCCUCCAGAGACACCUGGGAGGUCCCUUGGAGGAGCAGGCUGAGGAGCCACUGUCUGAGAAGACUCAAACCACACCAGACCAAGAAGCAAUGCCCUCUGGGGCUGUCUAGAGCUGCCCAAGGCCAUGAAGAUAUUGGUCCUGGUCACCCAAAUUUCACAGUGGAGCUCCUAAGGACUCAGCACUCACAGCCACUGAGGAAGAACCCUGGGGUGCCGUGAUCCUCCAGCCCAGGGCAAACAGCCUGUUCUGUGCUCAGCAUUUCCAGACAGGGGCUCAGGACUCCGCUGGGCUGAAUUCCAGGGCUUCAAAGCUCACGUUGGUGCUGGCCCUACAAGUCAUGUGCAGAGACAGUGGGACUUAACAGGAUGUGUGUAUGAUGCAUACAUGUAGAAACAUGCAUGUCCUCAGAGCAGGGCAGAGGGUGCUGCUCUAAAGCACUGAGCUUUUACUCCCUUGUGGGGUCUGCAGGAUGAAGGAAAGGAAAGGAAAGAAGAAAGGAAAGAAAUGGAAAGGAAAGGGGUAGGGA